CGCCCUGUCUCCCGGGCAACGCCGGGUGGGGCCCGCGCGCGCCAUGACGCCGGAGGAGAGCGCCGAGGCCGCGCGCCUGCUGCGGAGUUUCGAGCGCCGCUUCUUGGCGGCGCGCGCGCUGCGCUCCUUCCCUUGGCAGACUCUAGAAGAGAAAUUAAGGGACUCGACAGAUUCAGAGCUGCUGCUGGCUAUUUUGCAGAAGACUGUGAAACAUCCCCUGAGUGUGAAGCAUCCGCCAUCAGCGAAAUAUGUGCAUUGCUUUCUCUUGGAGCUCAUCAAAAAGCACGAGGCCGUCCACACAGAGCCUCUGGACGAGCUGUACGAGGCGUUGGCGGAGGUAUUGACCACCGAGGAGUCCUCCCAGGCCCACCGGAGCUACUUGCUGCCUUCCGGAGACGCGGUCACCCUCUGCGAGAGCACAGCCAUCAUCUCCCACGGAACCACCGGCCUGGUCACCUGGAAUGCCGCACUCUACCUCGCGGAAUGGGCUGUAGAGAACCCGGCAGCCUUCACCAACAGGACGGUGUUAGAGCUCGGUAGUGGGGCCGGCUUCACGGGCCUGGCCAUCUGCAAGGUCUGCCAUCCCAGAGCCUACAUUUUCAGUGACUGUCACAGCCGUGUCCUUGAGCAGCUCCGAGGGAACAUUCUGCUAAAUGGCUUCUCAUUAGAGCCUACACAGCCCCCAGGACACUGCCCGCCGGACUCAAAGAAACCCACGGUGACGGUGGCCCAGCUAGACUGGGAUCUCGUGACGGUCUCUCAGCUCUCGGCCUUCCAGCCAGAUACGGUCAUCGCAGCAGAUGUGCUCUACUGCCCAGAAACCAGCCACUCCCUGGUCAGGGCCCUCCGGGCACUCUCAGCGGGCCAGACAGACCAGCGGGCCCCAGACGCCUUCGUGGCCUUCACCAUCCGCAACCCGGAGACGAGCCAGAGGUUCACAGCCGAGCUGGUGCAGAUGCUGACACACCGUUUCCAAGGCAGGAAUCAAAACAUUAGUGCCGAUGUCCUGGUGACAGACACACAAGGGGACAAAGGACACUGACGUCACAAGCAAAUAACAGAAAAGAAAGAAACCGCGGGAAAGAAGGCUUGCGGAGCAGUAGAAGAAAAGGAAGAAGCAUUUUGUAGCCUCUAAAGAAGAAACCUGGAUGAGCCGCCGUUUCUAGGCCCCUGAACUCCUGGUUCUUCAAGAAACAACUUGAUUGAGCAGGCAGGGACCACCGCCCUGGCUCUCGGCCUCCGACCCCUGGGUGGCACUGCCUCUGAAGGAUUUGCCCAGGGACUCGGGCCCACCCACGCCCACAAGGGAAGGCAAGGAAUGGAGUCAGGUCAGCUGGGGGCGAGGCAGGGCGGUGGGCAGAGGGGAAGGGGAUCAGCGUGAGGGGCUCCUGUCAUACGGACGGGAGAAGCACGUCUCCAAUGUCCAGCACAAAGUCCCUCUUGGGAUUUCGUCUCUGGCCCUAGGGUCACCUGUCCGUAAUCAGGGGGAGCACAAUCUGCUCCCAGCUCUUGUCCCAGCGAAGCUGCUCGGACUCCUGCAGGUUCUUCCGGAACUGGUGUAGUUUGCCAGCAGGAUCAGGAAAUUUUGAGAAAAGCAUCUAGAAGAAAAAUAAAGACCCAAGCAUAACUCAUCACCACUCCCCGACUCCAUCCCAUCCCAGAGCGGCCCUUCCGCCUCCCCCACCAGGCGCUGGCCCGUCAGCCGGGACUGCUGCCCCUACCCGAGAACCACACAGCUGGGUGACCUCCGCAAACAGCGCAGAUCCCGAUGAUCCCACCCAGAAAAACCACCUCCCACCUCACUCGUGCAGUUGGCAUCCGAGACCCCUUAUGCCCAGCAAUGAGCUAACCUUUCCGGCCCCAUCUCCCCGUUCACUGUGCUGCUCCCAGUUCCUCCGCUGCUCCCCUGUCCCAGCCAGGCUGUGCAGCUCCCCAUCUCCCAGACACACCACACCUGGGCUGACCCUUCCUCGGAAAGGGCCCUCCCCACUGCUCCCCCAGCACAGUCCCACCCAUCUGCUGGCCACAGGGAAUGUCUAAAUCAGGGUCAGCAAACCACAGCCUGUGCCAACUCCAGCCCACCACCCAUCUGUAAAUACCGUUUAAUCGGCACACAGCCACUUCCCUGUUACAGAUUGUCCAGGGCUGCACAGCGGAGAGUUGAGUAGUUGUGAGAGAGACUGAAUGCCAAAGCCUAAAGUAGUUUCUUUCUCAUAACAGAAAGUUUGCUGACCCCUGGUCUAAACUGCCAAGGCUGACAAUGUAUUACUUUUUGUAAUAAAAAAUGAUUAUCCUUUUAAGAAUAAGUAUCCUUUUAGUAGCCUUUUUUGAGGCUGGGCCUGGAAGCUUCCUCCACCCCUCACUCCCCACCUGCCUGACUCUCUUGGAGGCACCUCAGCCUUGCUCUGCCAUCAUCUGUGGGGGAAGCUCCAAAAACCCAGCAGGGAGACGGGAGCAUGCACUGAUUCCCCCAGCACCCACCGACCCCAGGAAAGGCCAACAGGGAAGGAGACCCAGUCUCUUGGGGCUCAGCUCCUGCCCCCUGCUUUCAUCCGGAUCCCACACUGUCCUGCCAGGGCUGUAGAAGUAAGGAUUCAGGAAGUGGAUCCAAAAAGCCACAGGGCCCUGGGAUCGGGGCAAACAAGCUACCUUCAGCUGAGUGGCUAGUUCCUCCCCAUCCUUGAAGACCAAGCCGUUCUCCUCAUGCUUCACCAGCUCAUGUAAACUGCAAAGAGAACCAAGGGAGGCCUGAGAGCUGCCUGGAGAAUAGCCCGGAACCCUGUGGUACCCACCCAGACCCUCAUCCCACCCGCCUCAGGCUAAGCUGGGGGUCAGAAACAUCAGUUUGUUUCAGGGAGUCUUCCUUGACUUGGUGUCUCAACAGGAAAAAGAUCUGGAAGGAUAUACAUCUAAAUACUCAAACUGACAGGUGAGGGAUGAUGAUAAGGGACUUGGGCCUUUUGUGCCGUGCAACUUUUCAAUGAGAACUUAAAAUUCUGGGAUCAUUUGUCUAUUUUUUUCUUCACUCUGUGCCAGAGAAACAAAGUAAAAGCAACCCAGGGCACCUUCAGGCUAGACGGAGGGUGCUUCCAGCGGGCCCUGAGCUUGGUCCCCACAGGCCGUGACAUCCCACAUUUCCAGCUCAGAGACUGGUGCCUGAGCAGCCCGGAGCCCUCAGCCCGCACUGGGGCUGCAGUGUGGUGCGGGCUGAUAUCUCCUGCCAAUGCCCUGCCUAGACACCCCUGCCCACUGGGCCCAGGGCCACAGGAGCACAUGCCUCAGACUGGUCCAAACCCAACACCGUGGGCUCGGCCAGAGGGGGGAGGGCAGUGUAAACUGCAGGCAGAUCUAGCCACCACUCGAUGCUCGCAUGGAGUCCUCGGAUUUAAGACA